AUGGGUAUUCGGCGGCUGGAAGUGCGAGGAGAUUCGAACCUCGCCAUCUCACAGGUCAACGGCAAAUUUGACGCCAAAGAUCCAAAAAUGGUGGCAUAUCGAAACGCCGUCCUCAGGACGUCAGCCCGAUUUGAGGGUCUAGAAUUCCACCAUGUCUCUAGAGACAGUAACCAGGCCACGGAUGUUUUCGCCCGCAUGGGUGCCAAGAGGGACCCAGUACCUAAAAACACCUUCCUGGAAAGGCUAUUCAAGCCAUCCGUAGUAUGGCAGAACAGGGACAACGACACCUCAACAACUGAGCCCGCCCAGAUCGCCCCACCGAUAAUCGAACCAGAUGACCAUAUCAUCGAAGGCUCUACACUGGAAGAAACACCCUCGGCCCACGAGAUCAUGGCCAUAAUCGCCCCUUGGACUGAACCACUGCUCGCCUACCUCUUGCGACAAGAGCUCCCUGAUGAUCAGACAGAGGCACGACGCAUAGUGCGGUGCUCCAAAGCAUACAAAGUCCAUGAAGGCGAGCUCUAUAAAUAG